AUGGCAGAAGUAAUAGGUCUAGCUCUCAGCGUGCUCCCCAUCGUCAUCUGGGCGCUGGAGAAGUACUCGGAGCCUUUCGAUGCAUACAGCGACUACCACAACGCGAUUAGCACGCUUCAGGCCAACCUGCAGAUCCAGCGGAUGCAUCUCGAGGCGACCUUUCAGAGCAUCGGCUUGCGACAUCCCACGCCGCGCGAGUUGCAUGAGUGUCUGCGGCAAAAGUUCCCGCAGAACCACCGUGAGAUUGUAUUUCUUGUUCGGCAAAUGGACGAUAUGAUGAUGAAAUUGAUGGAGAACUUGCAAGUAGACAUGAGCCGAAAACCACUAUGGACACACGAGUCCCCCGAAAGGGUAUCAUGGGAAUGGCGCCGCGUCAAACGAAGUUUCAGGGCAAAAAAAUGCGACAAAAUCAUCCAUGACCUUCGCAACUGGAACGAUGACCUACGGCAUCUUGUAGAGAGCGCACAAACCCUCCCUAGCGAUGAGAGUUACGCCAUGAGGAGAGUAAGACGGCUGUACAACCGCAGCAACUGCGAAUCAGUGCGACGCACCCUCCAAUCUCUCCAUCGAGCGCUCCAGGCGGGAUUAGAUAGUGAUGACGCGGAGUGUCAUCAGGUAUGCAUCGAGCUGAAUAGUUUUCACGCAGGAGGCUUCCCUCUUCUGACGUUUCGAAUCGGUAUCCUACAUGAGUCGGGUGGGACUCAGACUGCUCCAUGGAAGGUUUUCUAUGCCGCGUGCGAGGCAGGCAAAAAGAGCCCGAGGCCAGAGUCGCCGCCAAUGUCGCCAUAUUCAGUCCGAUCUAGGCCGUCAACCCUGCGAUCAAGACGGUCCGUAGAAGAUACAUCAAUCACACCAAGUAUUGCAGAAAUCAUCAGCCCCAGCCCUCCACCAAUCUCCAAUCUCUGCGACGACUUCGACUCAACCCCUCGCGGAGAUGUCUUCGGCUCUCUCAAAGAUCCAAGCCCAUCAUCAUCUUACGAGACAAUCUUCUCACUAAGUCACGUAUCCCGAAACCACGACAGGAUCAUAAGAGACAUUUCGCUCGAAAAGAUCAUUGCCACAGAAUCACAGCGUGUAGCUCCCGCCAUCCAACCCCUCUCCGCAAAGCGAAGAUACGGCAUCGCCGCUUCACUUGCUUGGGCAGUAUUAUACCUCUCAGACAGUCCUUGGCUCUCCCACGGCCUAGACAGACGAAAAGUCAUGCUAUUCCUCCAAAGAAAGAAAGCAAACGGCUACAUAAGCCUUUCCGAAAAAGUCUACCUAUCGUGUCUCAUCCCCAAGAAUUCAUCGUUCCCAUCACCAGUAUCAUCAUCCACCUCGUUGCGGCAAACGACUCCCAAGAACCUCAUCUUCGAGCUCGGCAUCCUCCUCAUCGAACUCGCCGUCAACCAGUCCUUUAGCAAAGAAUCUCUUUCUGCUAUUGUUCAACACGAUUACCGACCUUUAAAGCAGUACCUUGAUCGAGUAGAGCAAGAAGCUGGGAUAUACUACUUUAACGCUGCGCAGCGAUGCGUUUACAGUGUCUUCCUCGCAGAUCAGGAGCAAAUGGACUUUGACCUGGAUAAGUUCCAGCAUGAGUUUUAUAGCACCGUUGUCGCGCCUCUGCAAGCAACGUAUGAGGCGCGGUAG